CUUUCAUCCGUUAGAGUUUUCACAACUGCAUGCCUGAUGUGGCCAGGGCUAAAAUUAACAUCAGGUUUUAACAUCGGCUGUCAGGCUAGUUGGAAGGAGACCGUAUAAAAACAGAGGAGAAUACCACUGGAGCACAAAAGAUGAUCCAGACUUCAGAAGCUUAUCCAGCAUCACCACGUCCUUGAGGGUUGCUAGAAAGGAACUGCUUACUUAGACGUUUGUGAUUAAAAAUCUGUCUGCCUUCCAUGAGUGUAAGAUCUUCAGCUGCUUUCAAAUCUGAGCAUUGCUUUCAUCAGAACACCACGUCCUCCUCCUCCUCUGCGUCAGCUCCAGGCUUGGAUCAGUGCAUGGAUAAAACAAGGGGUCUUUUUGGGGACGAAUUUGAGAAGUCCUCAAUCAUGCAUGGAAGCUUCUUGAGGCCACGGAAUGAGCAAAUGGGAUAUUCAGGCCGCCCCGGAAGUACGGGCAAUGUAAAGACCCUGGGAGACAACUAUCAAUUCACAGUGGAUGUGAGCGAUUUCUCUCCUGAAGAUAUUAUCGUUACCACCUCCAACAACCAGAUUGAAGUCCAUGCUGAGAAGCUUGCUGCAGAUGGAACCGUCAUGAACACGUUCACACACAAGUGCCAGCUACCAGAUGAUGUGGACCCCACCUCUGUGACAUCUGCCUUGGGUGACGACGGGACACUGACGGUUAAAGCAAAGAGGCAUCCAGCCAAGCACACUGAGCACGUGCAACAGACUUUCAGAACUGAGAUUAAGAUCUGAGAAGACUGUGCUGAGCACUGCUUUAUUGUAAUGCAGAGUAAUGCCAGGAGUAAUGCAGAAUGCAGCUUGUGCUGGUGUUUAUCACUGCUUCCUGCCAAUAUAUUAUCAUAAAAUAUCAUCUCAACCCUUUUAAGCAAGGAAAUAAUGAGCAAAGUCUGUAAAAUGGGAUAACUGACAAUUCCACCACAUCAUUUAGUGACACCAUUUAAAUUAUUUUCCAUUGCUGACCUAUGAUUUGUAUCCUAGUGACAGACACAUUAAGUGCUUUGUUGUUCCACAUAACUGAGAGAUUCAUUAUAAGCAGUGAUAAUGGAGAUAAUGGUUGUUCUGUGUGCGUGUGAGAAUAGACUUCUACCUUAAGACACAAAGAUCAAUAACAUAGAUUGCAACUUUGUCUUAGAUCUAAAUUUCCUGUUUAUCUGAUCUUGUAUAUAGAUUUGCGUAAUUACUUCCUUAUUUAACAAUUUAAAUUCUGUAAUGUAAAGAAGUGUACAAGGCUAAUGCUAUUCCAAAGGAUUUGUUCAGGAGUAUAAGGAUAUAUGGCCUUUCAGGAAUAUGAAAAUGAUAUUACAUCCAAUAAUGUCCUUUUACCAUAAGCAAAAAUAAAAAAGUUCUAUAUUAUGCCCUAAAGGUCUUGCUGAGCUCUCCUCUUAAAUAAUCGAAAUACCUGGGAACGGUACUGCAGGAAGUGUAACUCUGCAAAAAUCAAAAGUGCUUAGUAACAUUUUAAAAAUGUCUCUAUGACAUGACAACCACAGCUCCACCCCCGCCACCCCGCGAUGGUGGAGAAGAUGACUUGGUGGAGAUUAAAAUGAGCUCAUGACUUCAAACAUUGGUCUCACUAUGCCCAGAUGUACCACCAAGAUCACUAAUCUACAGAGCAACUCUUCACUUGAAAAUAAAUUUAUAUUAAAACCAGUUUCUCUUCAUCUCAGGCAAUGGCAAACUUGACUGAUUGCAACCCAUAGAUCCGAAACAUUUAACAAAAUAAGUUAUGAUAAAAAUAACACCAUUGACCUUGUCUCAAAUGACUGGAUACAAGCUUCACUCCAUAGAAUUGAAUUAAGUCCCUUUUAAUUCUUAAAAGAUCCCUAUUUGAAUAAAGCAGAUAGACCUGUAGGUAAAAUGCUGGUGGAAUGAAGCAGGCCAGGUGGCAUCUGUAGGAAGAAGCAAUGCCAACAUUGCGGGCCGAGACCCUUCGUCAGGACUCAGCCCGAAACAUCGACAGCGCUUCUUCCUAUAGACACUGCCUGGUCUGCUGCGUUCCACCAGCAUUUUGUGUGCGUUGCUUGAAUUUCCAGCAUCUGCAGAUCUCCUCGUGUGGGCCUGUAGGUGUUGUGGGCCUUGUUUAUUCCUCAGUCACCACCUCACUACCAAGGCAGAUAACUGGUUGUUUGCCAUAUUGGUGUCUGUGUGACCUCAGGGUAUACAAAUUAACUGCUAUAUUUCUUUACGUACAAAACAGCUAUAUUUUAAAUACAUCAUCAGCAUGGCAUGCUUCAGAUAAGACCAUAGUACCAUAAAAUGUAAGAACAGAAUUAGGCCAUUUGGCCUAUCAAGUCUACUCCGCUAUUUCAUCACAGCUGAUGCAUUUUCCCUCUCAGUCCCAAUCUCCUGCCUUGUCCCAGUACCCCUUCACAUCCUGACUAACCAAAAAUCUGUCAAGCUCUGCCUUAAAUAUACCCAAUGUGGCCUCCUCAGUCGCCUGUGGUAACGAAUUCCACAGAUUCACCACUCUCUGGCUAAAGAAAUUUCACCUCAUCUCCGUUAAAUGUCCUGUGGUUACAAAUGUGCUUUUUAAAUGCAAAGCGGUCUUUUAUUUCUGUAGUCCCCUACCUUCCUCCUAACUUGUAGCAGCCCAAGCAGCACGCACAAAAAGCUGAAGGAAUUCUGGCAGCACCUGUGGAAAUGAAUAGACAGUUGAUGUUUCAGGCCAAGAUCCUUCUUCAGGACUGAGAUG